AUGACCUCUGAAUCCAGCGACACCAACUACCCCGUCUUCCGAGAAUGUCUGUCCAGUGCCAUCGUCGAGAAAUCCGACACGCAUCGACCGACCAAGACGAAACGCAAGGCGCAUAGGCCCGGUCCGCGACGCAAUGGCAAAGUAAAGAAAGACGAAGCUCGCACCGCACAACCCCCAGAACCCGAGUCCAGCGCAUUACGAGGCGACCCGGAGGAACUGGCAGAUUUCAUUGAUUUCCUCGCCACCGAGAUCUUCACCUCCUUCCCCACCGACCUCCAGACCCUCACCUACACGACCAUCCAACACUCCCCAGCCCUCCGAAAUCGAUAUACACCAGACCCUAAGCUACCAGCCACUACCCUCUCCGUCAUCCUGACGACCCUCCCGUCAUCCGUCCCGGACACCUUAAUCGCCUACGGCCUCCUCCCGGCCAGCGCGGAUAUUGAAAGCGACGUAUCCGAUUUCCUCGCACGGGUAGUAUCCGAGUAUGUUGGAGCCGUGACGCGCGCGCCACCGGUCUGGGCGACGACGCGAACAGACGCAUGCGAGAUCUGCGAGCGCGACUGGAUCCCGCUGUCGUAUCACCAUCUGAUUCCGCGGGGGGUGCACGACAAGGUGCGCAAGAAAGGCUGGCAUGAGGAGUGGAUGCUGAAUAGCGUGGCGUGGCUGUGUCGCGCAUGCCAUUCCUUUGUGCAUCGGAUGGCGAGUAAUGAGGAGUUGGCGAGGGAGUGGUUUACUGUGGAUAGGAUCCUUGAGAGGGAGGACGUGAGAGAUUGGGCGAGGUGGGUGAGUCGAGUAAGGUGGAAGGCGAGAUAA